AUGGCCGCCGGUAAGCUGCUGCUCUACGCCGGUCUCUCUCUGUCCCUGUGCGCGCUAGGCAUGCUGGCCGUGGCCGUGUGCUCCGACCACUGGUACGAGACGGACGCCAGGCGCUAUCGCGAGCGGUGCCGAAGCUUCACGAGCCGCCGCAAAGACCCGGGUUUCAUCUACAUCCCCAACAACAGCCUGCCGCUGCGCGCCAGCCGCUCGCGCCUCGACCGCUGGGAAGGCAAGCUGCUCGUGACGCGUAACCGACGGCAGCUUUUCGCCAUGAGCGCCGCCGAUGAGUGCAGCCGCCAGUACAACUCCACCAACAUGGGCCUGUGGAGCAAAUGCCACCGCCUCGGGUUCGACCAGGACAUCGAGGAUCUCAUUCGGAAAGGUUCCAUUGCACGAUGCUCCUAUAUCAAGUACCACUAUUCCUCUGCUACGAUACCCAAGAAUCUGUCCUACAACAUCACCAAGACCAUCCGGCAGGAUGAGUGGCACUCCUUGCACCUGCGUAGGAUGACGGCGGGCUUCAUGGGCAUGGCCGUGGCCAUAAUCCUUUUCGGCUGGAUCGUUGGCAUGCUUGGCUGCUGCUGGGACCGAGGCCUCAUGCAGUAUGUGGCGGGUCUGCUCUUCCUCAUGGGCGGUACCUUCUGCAUCAUCUCGCUGUGCACCUGUGUAGCAGGAAUUAACUUUGAGCUUUCUCGCUAUCCGCGCUACCUGUACAACCUCCCAGACGACAUCAGCCACGGUUACGGCUGGUCCAUGUUCUGUGCUUGGGGUGGCCUGGGCCUGUCGCUCAUCGCCGGCUUCUUCUGCACGCUGGCUCCCUCCGUUCAGCCAAUCCCACGCUCUACCUGCCCCAAAUCUCGGCAAGAAAAUGGCACAGUGUGUUAA